CAAGAGAGAGGGAGGGAGAGAAGUGCCAUCAUCACUGAAGAAAGAAGAUCCAACCAAUUUCUUUCAAUAUCUCCCAUAGUUGGUGGAAAAUAUUCAAGGUUAAAGAAAAGACAUCAGAAUGGCAGAGAUCCAGUUAUCUUUGAGUGUUUUGCUGCCAAUUCUUCUGCUGUUAUACUUCCUGAAACUACUGUGGUCACGAAGACAUUACCCACCUGGACCUCUUGCCUUUCCCAUCAUUGGAGGCCUAUGGCGAAUUGCGUUUGAAAAGGGAAUUGAUGGCAUGACGGCGAUAAAGGCAGCAAAACAAUAUGGAAAUGUUUUCACUCUUUGGCUGGGUCAUUUUCCAAUGGUAUUCCUGUCUGGAUUCGAUGCUGUGAAAGAAGGACUGGUUGAUCACUCAGAAGAAUUAUUGGAUCGGGGGGUGACUCCAUUUUUUGAAAAAAUAUCAGAAGGAAAAGGUGUUGGAUUCACAAAUGGUCAUGCCUGGAAGCAGCAGAGACGGCUUGUACAAAUGGCUUUGGUGAAAUUGGGAGUCGGAAAAAGGACAAUGGAAGACAAAAUAGAAGAUGAAGCCCAGCAGCUUGUAGAGAUUUUUGCAAGUCAGCAAGGGAAACCAUUUGAUCCAGAACUGUUCAUCACCAAUUCAGUCUCCAACGUGACAUUUUCCCUGAUGUAUGGAUACCGGUGGUCUGUUGAAGACCCAAACUUCCAGAAGCUGAUUAAAACCAUUGAGUAUACCUUGAGUUUUGGACUAAUAAGUAUCUCUUACAUACUGUAUGAAUUGUUCCCAUCGCUCAUGGACCGCCUUCCAGGACCUCAUAAGAAGGCAUUGGAGACCUCACAGAUGCUGCUUUCACUAUCAAAGGAAGAAAUACGGAAACAUAGGGAGCAAGAGUCCACACAGGAGCCACGGGAUUUCAUUGAUCACUACCUGCGUGAAAUGGAGAAAGAGAAGAAUAAGAAUGAUCCCACCUCUACCGUGGAUGAAGAGAACCUGAUGCACUCUAUUCUAGACAUCUAUUUUGCUGGAUUGGAAAAUAUCACCACAGUUAUGAAAUGGGCACUCCUCAUUUUGGCAAACCGUCCAGAUGUCCAAGAUAAAAUCAUCAAGGAGAUUGAAGAUGUUGUGGGCUCCUCUAAUAUCUGCUAUGAUGACCACAAAAGACUGCCUUAUACUCAUGCAGUGAUUCAUGAAAUCCAGCGUUACAGAUAUCCCAUGCUGGUAGGAAUCGCAAGGCAAGCUACCAGAGAUGUCCACAUGAGAGGCUACAUCAUCCCAAAGGGGACAUACAUUGCACACAAUCUACGCUCUGUUCUUCUUGAUGAUGAGUACUGGGAAACUCCACACAAAUUUAAUCCCAACCAUUUUUUGGACAAGGAUGGAAAUUUUGUCGCUAGAAAAGAAUUUCUGGGAUUUGGUACAGGGCCUCGGUCGUGCUUGGGGGAAAAUGUGGCCAGGAUGGAGCUAUUUAUCUUCUUGACCCGCCUGCUGAGGUUAUUCCAUUUCCAGCCUCCUCCAGGAGUCAAGAAAUUCACUGAAGAACCUGCAAAGGGCGCAACAUUGCCACCCCACCCUUAUAAAGUGUGUGCUAUUCCUCGCAAUAGUUAAUCAUAAAACAUUCAAGAAUAAUUACAGCGACUUCUUAUUCAUUGCUGUAUAUUUAAAGCAAAAUUUCCCCUUCAAUUAAUUUGAUGUUCCCAGACCUCUUCUCUACCUCUAGAACCUCUAACAAAUCUGUGACAUGGCUCAAUGCUAAAUUAAUUUUGUUUCAUUCUGUUGAGUGUUAUUGUACCUAUUGCUCAAAUGAAAGAAUUCUUGCUAUGGAUGGAUAUAGGGGAACUAACAGUGCAGUGAAUGGAGGGUUGGACGAGUUCUACUAAAAGUUUCAAAUCCUCCUUUAGCUAUGGAAAUACACUGAGUGAUGUUGCGCAAGCCAUGUUUUUUCAGCCUGGAGGCAUAGACAGAAAAGGGCCUCUGAAGCAACCUUGUGAAAUCCCAAGGCGCAUGAAGAAACACAAAAGCCCACAGUACUGAUUCAGUGGGAAUCUUCUAGCUGCAACAAGAUCUAUGUCUAGAUCACUGUAUUUAUCGGCACUUGAUAAUAACAUUUCCAUGGGCGGCCCAUGUGGUUGGCUACCUAUCAAAAGGGUAAAAUUAUGAAUACAGCCAGGUCAGAGGCCGAACCUAGGCACAAGAGGCUUGAUUUCCACAUUCUUGUCCACCUUGGUCAACAUUUUCUGCAUAUGUUCUAGCUUGUCAAUGUCCUCCUUCAUCUGUGUUGUCCAGAAAUAGACACAUAAUUCCUGGUGCAGUUUGACCAAAGCAGAAGAUAGUGGCACUAAUUCCUCCCUUGAUUUGAACACCCUAUUGAUGUAACCCAGAAUCUCAUGAGUGCAUCCUGACAUGGAAGACACCGGCAUCAACUAGGAGUAGAUCGUCAUUUCAUUUAGAUCACUUUAUCUGUUCCAAGGUGUAUUUGGAGAAACAAGUGGAGACUGAAAUUUCAAUUCCCUUGAUGAGCUUGUUGGGGCUUUUAUUCUCUAUUACCCUACAAGAAGGGAGAGAGGACAGAGGCGCACAGCAUAGCAUAUACAACAUCAGCCAUGACAAUUCAUCUCCAUCCUUAUGAUAUAAAAGAUUCGUAAAUUAAUUAUUCUCACGAAACAUCUUUCUUUGUAACCUAUUAUGUCUCUUUCAUCCCUAAAAUGUAAUCAUUUCCUGAAUAAACAUGUUUUUAGGGGGAAAGCAACAACAGUUUUCUCAUUUUUACCUUGUAAUAGAUAAUGUCCGAAACUUGUGGGUUCUUUUGAUGUUUUAGUAGAGGCAAUAUGGGAGAAAAAAGAUUCCUGAAGAGAUGAAAGGAAGACUGCUCUUGGUUGGCCUAACCUUCUUAACUUCCCUCAUUCUUUACAUCAGCGCUUUUCUUUUUAUCCUUGAUUACUUGUUUCCCAAUAAAACCCCAAUAUUUCUGCUUUGAAGUCUAAUGGAGAGUGUCAGGAGUUUAACUCCUGCCAUGUUUUCUUGAGGCAUAUCAUAUAUGUGUACAUUCAUAUAUUUGUACAUUCUUCAGUUCUUUUUAUUGUGUACAUGAUUAUAYAUYUACUUGAAGAGCUAUGCAUGCAUAUAUAUACUGGAUGAUGGGUGUUGUCAUGUUUUGAAACAUGCUGAUAUUAUUUUCUUUAGCAGAGCCUUAUUGGGAAAGCUCUCAUUAGCUAAGGAUGCUCAUCAAUGUUUAGGACGUUUCUCAGCCAGAUAGUUCUCAGCCAGUUAAUGAGGGGAAAAGCACUAACGAGUAAAUUGACYUUGAUGAAGCUGGUUGUUUAGAUCGAGCUGAUCGGUUGGAAUUUAAAGUGCGAAGGAGAGUCAGGAUCGCUAGCAGGCGAGGGAGUCAUAGGAACGCCUUCAYGUUGCCCAAACAAUAUUAAACGCUACAGGCUGUUUGAGUGUGCCUCAGCAUCAGAGCAACUUACUGCUUUAACCAAGAGAGUUUGGAUUUAUCUUGCAGCUUUCAUGUUCAUGUUUAGGACUUUGYCAUGUUCUCAUGGGACUUUGCCUUGCCUGUGUCUUCAUGGAUCUUGUUUGCCUAUGUUACCUUGGAUUGAUCUUUUAAAAUAUGCUUUUGCCUUUUUGAACUUUUUAUCUUUUACUAUA